UAAUUACCUUUCGCGGCGCGUAAUAUCAAGCUAUACGUAUAGCUGUACGCAGGACGCGUAACUAUCGUCGAUACAAGGUGACACACCGCAAUCGUCACCCAGGUUUCACCGGUAUUCACCGAUUGUGGGAUACUGCCAACUGGUGUGGAGUUCGCCACUGUUCUGACCGCUGUUGCUCAUCGGCCAGGCCACCACCACACACAGCGGGAUAUUUCUAGUCGGUUGCCAUGUACGAGUUAGUGCUCGACCGUGUGAGCACCUGUACGUGUCGGUCCAUCGCUGCCAUCGUUUCCUCAACCGGUCCAGUGGAUACGCGAUUUUUCCUUUUUAGUCCGAUAGUGGAAUAGCGCAAAGCUUAAGUGUGUCGAAUGUGAGACAACCGACAGGAUGAGCGAAACAAGGAAGACAACAAGCAUCCGGAAACGGGAGGAGCAACAAUCGCCCAGGCCUAGACAACAACCGAUCAGGCCACCGAGGACGAAGACGCAACAGGCUCGUGACAAUAAGGCUAUCGAUCGGCACGAGAAUCGUGUCAAGAAAGCCCCGAUGACGGCCCUCGAUGAGAACGUGAACCGUGUUCCACGGCUAUACACAAACGAAAGAGAAACAGAAAAUCAAUCGGGUUGGCAAGAAAGAAUAGAACGUCUCUCGAUGAAUAGUCAGGAUAAUAAUACCUCGGACUUAGGACACCCUGUACAAAUCGUGCUUGCUCAUCCAGAUCACAGUUUUGAAUUAAACGAAGAAGCUUUAUCAAAAAUUCUCCUUGAAGAUGAUAUUAAAGAUAGGAGUGUAGUUGUUGUGUCGGUAGCGGGUGCUUUCAGAAAAGGCAAAAGCUUCCUGCUUGACUUUUUCUUGCGAUAUAUGAACAGUAAGUAUAAUAACAACAAUCAAACGGACUCUUGGUUGGGUAAAGAAGAUGAACCAUUACGUGGAUUUUCGUGGAAAGGAGGAUCUGAAAGAGACACGACAGGCAUAUUAAUGUGGUCAAAAGUUUUCCGUGGUACUUUACCAGAUGGUGAAAAUGUUGCUGUGAUUUUAAUGGAUACACAAGGUGCUUUUGAUAGUCAAUCCACUGUGAAGGAUUGUGCGACUGUGUUUGCUCUAAGUACAAUGUUGUCAUCUUUACAAAUUUAUAAUCUAUCACAAAAUAUCCAAGAGGAUGAUCUUCAGCACUUGCAACUUUUUACGGAAUAUGGUAGGCUGGCGUUACAAAACUCUGGACGCAAACCAUUCCAAAAGUUACAGUUCUUAGUAAGAGAUUGGAGUUAUCCUUACGAAGCGAAUUACGGUGCAGAAGGUGGAAAAGAGAUAUUGAAUAGAAGAUUAGAAAUUUCUGAUAAACAACAUCCAGAAUUGCAAAGUCUAAGAAAGCACAUUAAAUCAUGUUUCUCGGAUAUAUCUUGUUUUCUCAUGCCACAUCCAGGUUUAAAUAUUGCCACUAAUCCUCAUUUCGAUGGUAGAUUAGCAGAAAUUCAAUCAGAAUUUAAGGAACAACUCAAGAUAUUAAUACCGAUGUUGUUAGCUCCAGAAAAUUUAGUUACAAAGAAAAUUGAUGGACAAAUUGUAAAAGCGAGGGAUUUGUUGGAAUAUUUCAAAAGUUAUAUGAAAAUUUACAAAGGAAACGAGCUUCCUGAACCAAAAAGUAUGUUAGUGGCAACAGCAGAAGCAAAUAAUUUAGCUGCAGUUACAGAAGCUAGAGAAUUUUAUAUGCGAUUAAUGGAAGAUAUUUGUGGAACAAAAAAACCAUAUUUAACAACACAACGUUUAGAGGAUGAACAUGCACGUUGUAGGGAUAAAGCUAUAUACAAAUUUCAGAAUAAAAGAAAAAUGGGAGGAGAAUCAUUUAGUCAAACUUAUACAAAAAAAUUAUGCCAGGAUAUGGAUAAAGCUUUUGUUCACUUUAAAGCACAAAAUGAAAGUAAAAAUGUUUUUAAAUCAACGCGAACUGCAGGAGUAUAUUGCGCAAUUGUUGCCAUUAUGUACUUCUUAUCCUCUAUAUUUGGUUUUACUGGAUUAUAUCUAUUAGCAAAUAUUUGUAACUUCAUCAUGUGCAUCUGUAUAUUAACCUUAAUGUUAUUGGCAUACAUUAGAUACAGUGGUAAUUAUGACACAAUUGGAAUAGCAAUAGAUGAAGUGGCUAAUGUUUUAUGGAAUAAUUUAAUUAAGCCAGUCUAUCAACAAGUUGUGGAGAAGUCAGUGUCCGUAGCAGUGGCUCAAGCUGCUGAAAUGGCUACAAAUACAACAAUGAAUGCCACUGUCACUGCCAAUGGCAAGCCUAAACUAACAUGAUGUUCAUUCCCUUUGUGUCCCAAUUUCUUAAGUGCAUUAGAAAUAUACAUCAAUGUAUUAAAACCAGUAAGUGACAUAACAAAAUUUAAUUGUUUUUACCAUGUAAUAUGAGGCCAUAAAUAGCUAUUUUUUUGUUAAGUCACAAGGAGGGACUGUGCGUUGAACAUAUUUAUUUAAAAUGACUGUGAAUGUAUAUACAAUAUAUUUUGAUUAUAAUUCCCUCUAGAUUGUUGAAAAACAUCACUAUUGUCUAUGAUUGAUAUUACAUUGUUAAAAAAAUAAAAUUCCACAAUUACUGGUAAAAAAUAUUGUUUGGAUAGAAGCUAUUGUUUUGGGGUUGUUAAUGUUUAUGAUCAAUUUUAAUUUUUUUUUAUAUUACAAUAUAUAAAUAUAUAUACAUAUGUAUACCAUAAAGAAACAAAGUGUAAACAAAUUUUUAAAAACAGUAUACUUCUACAUUUUUUGAUAACAUUGAUUUCACAUUUAGCUCUUUAGUUAGGAAAAUAUAUUAAGCACAUUUUAAGAUAACAAAAAAAAAUAUUAAAAUAUUUUUGAAAAGGAAUUUUAAUAGUACACACUUUGUAUAUUUAUGCAUUAUUCUAUGUAUAUGAACUAACAUACUUAAAUUAUAUCCGUGCCAGAUUUAUUCAACAUCAGUUACUAUUGUAUUGAUUAAUUUUUUUAAUAAACUGAAGUGUAAAUACUA